AGAGAGAGAGAGAGAGAGAGAGAGAGAGAGAGAGAGAGAGAGAGAGAGAGAGAGAGCACAUCAACUAGAGGAGAGAGAUGAGGAAGUUCGAUCCAUGGCCGGUCUUCUUCAAGAGAGAAUUUAACAGGACUUGGCCGUUCCUUGUCGGCUUCGCUGUGACCGGAGCUAUCGUCACCAAGUUCUCUCUCGGCCUUACUGAGGAAGACGCCAAGAAGUCGCCUUUUGUUCAGCAGCACAAGAGGUAACAGUCGAUCUCGACAACCCUAAUCACGAUUACUGGAUUGGGAUGUAAUCUUAGCUAAAACAUGCUUAAUUAUUGCGUUGCUUACUAUGAUUGGCUCUGCCGUUGGUGUCCAUGAUAUAAGUCAUGUCAUACCUUGAUUUUGGGGUUGGCAUUGCUUCUUGAAUAAAUCGAAAUGCAAGGAAGAAGUUCUUAUGAUCUGCAAGAUAUGAAAUGUAUGGAAAUGCUUGGUAUGUUAAUGUCGGUGCAUUUACCAUUAUCAAGAGAUGUUAUCAUAUCGUUUGGGCCAAGAAAGGGGGAAAAAGAAAGAAAAGGUUAAACCUAAAGUAAUCGCAAUUGGUUGUCUGCUGUUGUUAGGUUUAAGUAAAUUGCUUUCCGCAGUAAGACGUGAGAUUCUCAUUAUGGAACUUGCUGAUUGAUCUUGAGACGAGCCAAAAAAAUGUAGUUUGACUAGGAUAACUUGAUGAUGUACACAUAACGGGUCUCAUUUGUGUUCCUAUUGAUAGCAAAAAAACUGUGUUUGAGGU